GGAGAACAUAGAACUAUAGAGAUAUUAGAUCUAGAUCUAGGCCUAGGGUCUAUAUAUCUUAAAUAUCUAGAUCUAUUAUUUAUAUCUCUUUUAAAUAGACUCCAAAUGUUGAACUCUACAAAUUGAAUUUGUACAUUGAUCCACAUUGCAUUAAAGGUGGUGUGGUGACUGAGCAGCAAAGCACUUGGCUACAGAACCGGGGGCCCCGAUUUUGAAUGCUGUUGAAGACUGGGAUUUUUAAUUUCGGAUCUUUGGGCACCUCUGAGUCCACCCAGCUCUUAUGGGUACCUGACAUUCGUUGAGGAAAACUUAUCAUUGCAUCAAACCAUCAAAAUGUCGAGAGCUCAGGCAGAAAGUGUAAUAAAGAAUAUCAUUAGAGAAAUAGCUCAGGAAUGUGCAAGCAAAGGUCAAGCAGUCUCGGAAACACUUGUAGCAUUUAUGGUAAAAGCUGUAGUAUUAGAUCCAGCCAAUGAAUUUAAUGUGGAUCGAACAUUAACUAAAGAUGAUGUUCAAAAACUAAUUAAGUUAUGUGUGGACAGGCUUAUGGAUGCUCGAUCCCCAGCCCUUGACACUAUUAAAAUGCAAGUGUAUUUUGAUAUGAACUACACAACCAGAGCUGAUUUCUUGGAUGAGCACAGACGUGUUUUGGAAACUAGACUUCUGCCUGUCAUUCAAGAAAUAACAAGUAGCAGAGCACGCACUCGUGAAGAAUUGGAAAGUUUGUACAGAAAAAUUGUUUCAGCUGUUCUUCUGAGAUCUGGGCUGGGCAGCCCAACAGACCUUGCAGUUGUUCGUGAAGCUACAGCUGCAUUACAGUCUGUGUUUCCUCAAACGGAACUUGGAACAUUUAUGACAUUGACCAAACGUGAAAAAGAAAGACAGCUUGCAGAGUUGACUCUGAUUGUCACAGGAAUUCGACUUUUUAAUAAAGAAUGUGGUAAAGGAGGAGAAGGAAUUGAUGACUUGCCUGCUAUCUUGAAUGAAGCUAUCCCUGCUACAACACAAAGUGUGGAUGAAGAAAUACAAAGUACACUUUUGUGUGCUUACAAAUACACUACUCUAAUAGAGGAAAUGCACAAGAGGCAAAUCAAGGAAGGACCAUCCAUACAGUUGUUAAAAGAAGCUCUAAUAAACUCUAGGCAACAUGAAACUUUUCUAAGAAUUAUUUUGAGUGACAUUAUUAACUGUGCUCACCAAGUUGAACUUUUGGAAAAUCAAUUAGGAACCAGAAUGGAACAGUUGCAGGCUACAGUACAGUCAAAAACAGCUGUACCCACAGCUCAAGUUUAUCCACAGUUCAUACACCUGGCUCAACUAUGGAGUGGGUUUCAAGAUGAAAUGGUCUUACUUAGUGUCUUGAGUAACAUUUUAGCUAGCUUGGAACCUUUCACAAGGGGGCAUAAAGAGCAGCUUAGUGAUGAGCUCAUUAAACCUUAUCUUGAAGGACUUGUUGUGAAAACAGAUGAACAAAGAAUUCAGGAGACAAAUGACCAGCGUGUGAAUCCAACAGAUUAUAAAGCUGAAAAAUGGGAGUGGCUAUUCCCAGAUACUACAAAAAAUUUCUCAAGACUACAGCUUCAGUACAGGGGAUAUUGUGCAUACACACUUGGGGCUUGUGAUAGGCUCCUGGUGCCUGGCAAUCCUGAAAUAGGAAUCAUGAGAUUCAGAGAGCACUAUUAUGCCUUUUCAUCCAAAGAAGCUGCCUACAAAUUUGCUGAAUGUCCCCAAGAGUUUAUUGCGCUAGUUGCAGAGGCAGCCAAAAAAAGUCCAGAACUUAUUCAACUCCUAGAACUUCAUACUCAGUUUUCUACCAUUACACCUUACUCACAAAAUCGAGAUGCUGGCAAAAUGAUAGAGAAACCUAUAACAAAGUGUGACAGUGGGUCACAAACAGACACUCACAUUCUUGAAUCUAAUAUUGUCAAAACUUAUGCAUGGAAUGAAUGGGAGCUGAGGAGGAAAGCUAUCAAGCUGGCCAAUCUAAGGACAAAAGUAACACAUGCUAUGCAGACCAAUGGAAGCAAUAUGAGAAGAGACAAUGAAACACAAGUUUACCUGCCUAAAGAACAAGAUACACAAACCAAGCAAGACAAUUACAGUAAUGUCUCUAAACCACAAACAUUUCUUCAUGGUUUACGUGGUGGCGGAACAGGUAUACCCACUGUUAUGUACAAGGUGGAUCUCACAGUUGAUGUAUCAGAGCCUCCAAUUGUGAAGGAGUUUUCAGUGCCCAUACCGAAGAAGAAAUAACUUUGUAAAACUAUAACAUAAAUGGAUGCUCUUCCUAAGAUAAAAAAGAUAAUGUUCAAGCUCAAUACUUUUAGUUGAACGUAAAUUUAAAAAACCCGAAGAAUUAUGCAUGUCAAUAAUUAUAUUAUUAUAAUAGUUUUAAAGAAGGUUUUUUUUUCCUCAUUUUUUUGUAACUCAAGAUUACAAAGAAAAAGCAAGUAUUUUAAGAAAUAAAAAUGGAUUUUAUAUUUUGGUCUACAAUAUUAUUGAAAUUACCAAGAUUGCAGAAUGUUUUCCAUAUAUUUUUCUAUGUAUAAAAUUUUUAAUUUUUUAUAAAUUGACUAAUAUUGUACCUAUGUAAUAAAAAAUGAAGAAGACUUU